AAUCGAUCAGAUCAGAGUCGAUGGAGGCAACGGCACCUACUUCGAAGCGACCGGGUCGCUCUGGGCUUGCGCCGGACAAGAAUGCGUACAAUCACUACGCCCGUAGUUGCCGCGAAGGAGUAGCUCAGGCGCAUCCCUCGUGGUCCGUUCAGCAAGUUUCGUCGGAGCUGGGACGGCAGUGGAAAGCUCUAACGGCUGCAGAACGCAAGCCGUGGAUCGAGUUGGCGCAGUUUGACAAGGCGCGUUUCCACACCGAAGCUCGCCAGUACAUUCGCCAGCAACAGACAGAUGGCCAACCGGUGCAACUUCCGAUCAAGCGAAAGAAGAAACAGAAUGAACCGCGACAGCCCGACACAUCCUACAUUUGCUUCUGGAAAAGCCGAAGACCAGAAGUGGUAGCUGCUAACCCGUUGCUCGAUGCGCAACUCGUAUCGAAGGAAGUUGCAAGGCAAUGGAGGGCAUUGCCAGACAGCGAGCGGAAGAUUUGGGAAGAUAUGGCUGCAAAAGACAAGUUACGUUUUCAAGAGGAAAUUGCGUGCAUUCACCCAACAUUGGAGGUAGCUCCACAAAAUGUGUCCGCACUGAAAAGUCCUCUUAAAGACCCGUUCGCUCCCAAACCGGCGAAGACAGGCUUCCAGCUAUUCAUGAGCCACAACCGCGAGAGUUUUACACUAUUAAACAUGACGAUCAACGAGUUCCGCACUGAGAUGAGUCAGCUUUGGAAGCGUCUGAGUGAGGCUGACAAGAAUGAGUGGUAUGAGCUGGCUAAACAAGACGGACGGCGAUUUGAAAGAGAGAUGAACGCCUACAAACCUCCAGCCUACAUGGAUUCGGAGGUUCAACGCGCACACAAGCAUAUUGACGAGCUGAAACGUUUGACUCGCGGAGAUCCAGCGGCACCGCGGCUGCCGAGAAAUGCGUAUAGCGUGUAUUUGUCGACAAAGCGACAAGAAAUAGCAGCUCAGCACCCAGACCUCAAGAAUUCUCAAAUCAUGCGUGAAAUAGGAAUCGCGUGGAAGGCAUUAACUGACGACGAGCGCGCUCUGUACCAACGUAAGGCUGAAGAGGACGUGGAUCGGUUCCGGACUGAAAUGGAAGCUCACUUAGCACGGCAGUAUGAGGGUCAGCAAGCUUCAGACCAUCCAGCGAAGAAGCGGACACGAAAGCGGAAAUAUGAGCGACAGACACAUACACAUCAGGAUUUACGAGAACAAGAAAAACAAGAAGAUCAACAACAGCAACAGCAGCAGCUAGUUACUGUCCACAGAAAAGUCAAGGCACCGGUAGUUGGACGCAAAAAGCGGAAGACUGGACCCCCUCGUCGUCCAAAGACGGCCUACAACCUCAUGUACAUGUCCAAGCGCACAGAGUUACUUGCGACGUAUCAGAUGUCCCACAACGAAUGCUCAGCCCUCUGCGGUCGACUGUGGCGUCAGAUGUCGGAGGAAGAGCGCGAACCAUACAAACGCAUGGCUGUUGAAGACAAACGUCGAUAUGAGGUUGAAUUGGCGACCUACAAUGCGCAAGCGAGCGUCGCCAGCGAGGGAGCGUUGCGCGACUCGGCAGGGUUUCAAUACUUUUUCGAGGCCAAAUGCCGAGAGAACGAGAAGAUUUCUAGGAAUGAAGUUGCUGCAAUUUGGCGGGGUAUGUCGGAGCCACAUCAGCUGCUAUGGGCCGAACUUGCGAAUGACAGUCACCUACCCGGUGCUGAUGCGUCCGACGCGAAUCAAGAACGAACAGAAGAGCAGGGGCAUCUUGGAAUGAGUGCGAGCGCGGUGCUGACCCCGCAAGAGAGACUGCUCUGAUUGUAUGUGAAAACCUCUUUGGAACGAGUUUUGUUACUUCAUCUGUCAAGACGUUGUGCCUCGCCGGUGGAAUUUGGGCUGAGCAACAUUGGCACCUAGGGGAGUCAACGGAUAGGAAGGUGGCUGCGAGCACGAAACCACUGUAGUCCGGUGUGCUUCAAGCGAUUUGUCUAUAAAUAUGUUGGCAGGCGACUCAUAUUUGCUGUAGUGAAACGAAGCAAACACUCGUGAUGCGAGUAGGAGACGGAGACCUAGCGACUAUGAAUAGUGAGCUCCGUCGUGUGUUGCGGUUGCACCUACAUAUCUAUCGCGCCGAGGCAAACCUUUUGGUGUUGUUGUUAAGAUAUGGAUUCGCGGAGGAGCCAGUCUGCGCGUUGGUUUUGCUUUAUAUCCAGCCACACUUCGACACGUAACUGCUCGCGCACUUAAUGCCUUCCUUCUGCUUUGUGCGCUCGUAUUCAUACCUCAGCGGAUAGAGUACGAAACGAACCCAAGCACCCAGCUUUGAAUAUCUUUCUUGGAUCGACAAAGCUCACUUCUCAAGUUGGCGGCCGCCGCUCAAUCCACCGGAAUUACCAGUAGCGCAGCAGCAUCGGUAUCUUUGACAAUAGCGGACACCACCGCAACCUGGUCUGACAAACGCAACUCCUCGUCGAUGCUUCACGACCCAAUCUCGUCUGCAACACUCAUGUCCUUCUCCCCAUCAGCGUCUCCAUCAGUAGCAAGUCCAACCGACAGCAUUAUGUCUGCGGACUCCAGUCCAGCAUUGCUGCCGAUCACUGCUACCGUCACUGCUGAGCUGUUCGACAGCGAUUACAGUAACUCAAACUCACCAGCAAUCGUUCCUCUUGUGUCAUCGACUAGUGUAUCUCCACUAACGAUGUCACUUGAAACGUCAAAGUUGAAAUCAUCCGCAACAGCAGCCCCCGUCCCAACAUCGUCCAACGCAACUCACCAAAAGGGGCAAACAGGGAUGAAUGGAGGCCGCUGGACGGAGCAAGAACACCAAAGCUUCCUCGCGGGAUUGCGCCUUUAUGGCCGUGAAUGGAAAAAAGUGGCGGCCAAGAUCAAAACGCGCACAUCUGCACAGAUCCGAAGCCAUGCACAGAAGUAUUUCGCCAAGCUUGCACGCGACGAUGAAAUGCGCAAGCACAGCGGGCUGUCCAUGGUAAUGUCGGGGCCGGUCGGAUAUUUCAGCGACGGCGGUUCCUCCGUCGCACAGAAUAGCGGUGACGAGGAUGGUGAGGGAGCGGAUGCAUCUCGACAAAUGGCCCAUGGACGUUCAGCAGGACAAGCAAAAGGAACUGCUGCCAUUCUAAUUGCCCCGAUGGGCUCUGCUGUCAACGGACUUUACAAUCAAACAGCGACAACUACCAAAAAGAGAUCGCGAACAGCGGUGACAGGCUUUGAUGAUCAGCUCGGAAUGAGCUCGGCUCCUUCAAGAUAUCCGUAUAAGCUUCAAAAGAGAACAAUUGAUGCCGCACGUGCGGAGUACCUUCCGUCGCAGGAGGAGUUACUAGCAAAGGCAUCUCCAAAUCUUCGCCACCGGUUAUCCAGCCUCAUUGAAGCAGAAUUGUGUGCUCUUCAGGUCCUCUCAUGCUAUGCCAUGCUACAGCAGCAAGACCAAAUCUCAGCACCACGUCAAAAAGCCAAACGACAAGGCAGACCACGUAAGCUAGCGACUGUGACCGCAACUGCCGCCGGAAGCACCACAGCAUCGUCGCUUGGUCUAUCAAUGCUUUCAACGGAGCAAAUCCCAUCUACUUCAUCGAUCUAUUAAAGCACAAGCGGACACAACGCUUGAGUAAGCACGGCAGACAGAAAUUAGUUACCUGUUGCACUAGUUGUAUAAUUAUAAACACCAUCAAUACGAUAAAUACACGAGAGAAUACUCUUCCGU